AUGGCAUCUAUCAGCGAGAACAGGCCUUCUUUCCAGAACCUCGAUCCUGACAGUGACCAUGCCAAAAAAAUAAAAUCCGUCCUCCAGACUGCAAACUGGGAUUAUCUCUGCGCUAAAGCGGUAGUACUCCGCCAGCAGGGGCAACCACAUGUCUAUGGCACCCGUACCUGUUCGGUGGAUGCAAGGAAAUUUGCCAGCGGCUUUUACAAUAUGGUGGUUGCACUCACCUUCUCGGAUUCGGUUCAGUGGGUAGCAAGAAUUGCGCUGCCCCGAGAGGGAGAAAGUGCCGACAUGUACCGAUCUCUCAUGAGCGAGGUAGCUACAAUGAAUUUGAUCCGCACCAGAACGACAAUUCCUGUCGCCGAAGUCUUUGCAUACGGCUUUCCUACAGAAGACUUUGGCUUUGCCUAUAUAUUAAUGGAGGCUCUUCCAGGCAAAAUUCUAGACAACCGAAUAGCACUCUCAGUCCCGGAUCAGCAUAUGAGGGAUUUCGCUACUCAACUGGCCAAUUAUGUCUAUGAGCUAAGCACCAUACAAUUCAGCAAAAUCGGUCGCAUCAUGCCCUCCGACUCGUCUGAGGGGGUGGAAUUGUCUUCCUCUUCUAUUGCAGGCUCUGGGAACCGUAUUCUGUCCACCUCGCUAGAAUUUUUUUACCACUUGCGCAAAGAGCAGACAAAGGCGAUUCUUGAAGGCCACAAAAACGAACAGCAGUGGGAGGCGGCGGCAUGGUUCCUUGAAAAGACAUUGACAUCGAUGAUCACCGAAGAGCAUAUCUACGGCCCGUUUCCAUUGUCUCACCUAGACCUUCACUACGGCAACAUCCUCGUCGAUGAAAACUACAGAAUCACGGGUAUCUUGGAUUGGAGCUGUGCUCAGACGGUUCCUAUUGAGCGGUUUGCCAUUUGUCCAGAAUUGAUCGCCCCUCCGGCUGCGCCAGUGGAGUUCAAACAAGCCGUAUUUGACUUCCGGGACAUGUUCCUUGAAGAGCUAGAAAAGAUUGAGACAGAAAGGGACAGAGCUUCGCCUGCGAUACGGAUGUAA